AAGUCUUUGUUCUCCAAGGAGAAUAGAAGCAAGUAAGAUUAAGAGAAAGAAGAAAAUAGGAUAUAAUAGGUGAUUUACCCAUUUCAGGACCUCCUCUUAGUAUGCUGUCUUCUGGUUCCUUUUAAGUUGUUCCAGCAUAGGAGCUAGAAGCAUACAGCAGAGACCAGGGAUUUAAAGUGCUACACUGCCCUUCUCUCUUGCUGUGUUGGUGCUUUUCUAUACGAAGGGCAUGUCUGGACCUCCCUAACAGGUUGGAACCCAGCAUAUCGAAGGUGCCUACAAGGCUGUAUUUCUGAGUUACUCCAACUCAUCUAAGACGUGAACACCAGUGCACUCCAAAAUACUGUGCCCCUGAGCACAGUCGAGGUUUCUUAGCAAAAUGGCGAAGUCUCUAGGCUGAUAACUCCUGAAGCACAGAUGGUGAUGUUUGAGUCCGGAGCCAGGGAAGAGGGCCGGAUCGUCGACUUUCUGAUUGGUCCUGAGCAGCAACUGAAUAUUCCCUGACGCAUGCGCAUCGCCUGCUUCCGGCGAAGGAGCUCGGUGUACCGGCUUUUCCAGCCCGGGUGGAGUUCCUGCCCUGCCUUACUCGGGCCUUCCGUGUGCAAUGGCUCCGGACUCAGGUCCCUUUCCCGAAGGGCCUCUCUUAAAGCUGCUACCCGUAGACGCUAAGGACAGGGCCACCCAGCGCUGUCGCCUGGGCCCGGCCGCCCUCCGCGCCUUGGGUGCGCACCUGGGCUCGGUGGUGAAGAUCUCGCUGCCUGACGGCGGCUCCUGUCUCUGCACCGCUUGGCCACGGCGGGAUGGAGCGGACGGCUUUGUGCAGCUGGAUCCGCAGUGCGCGAGUCCCGGGGUGGCAGUGGGGGCGCCGGGGUCCCGGGGGAGUCUCAACCUCAGCCGCCUCCGCUUAGUACCCUGCCCGCCUCUUCGGCGCCUUGCCGUGUGGCCAGUGUUGCGGGAGCGGGCGGGCUCGGCCGGUUCUCCGAAUCCAGCCGCGGUGCUGGAGGCGGCGCAGGAGCUGCUGAGGAAUCGUCCAGUCUCUCUGGGCCACGUGGUGGCCGCUCCUCCGGACGCCCCCGGCCCGCUGACCGCCCUGCACAUCGUCAGCGGGGUGCCCAGCCCGGAUCCGGCCGGGCUGGUCACCCCUCGCACCCACAUCGGUCUCAGCGGGGUCUCUCCCUCGGAAGCGGAGCCGCAGCCCGAGGUGCCCCUGGGGGGCCUUUCGGAGGCAGCCGACUCGCUACGGGAGCUCCUCCUCCUGCCGCUCCGCUACCCCAGCGCCCUGGCCUCACUGGGGCUAGCAGUACCCCGCGGGGUGCUCCUGGCCGGCCCUCCCGGAGUGGGCAAGACCCAGCUCGUGCGGGCUGUGGCCCGGGAGGCGGGCGCAGAGCUGCUGGCCGUGAGCGCCCCAGCGCUGCAGGGCGCCCGGCCCGGGGAGACCGAGGAGAACGUGCGUCGGGUCUUCCAGCGCGCCCGGGAGCUGGCCAGCCGCAGGCCCACCCUCCUCUUCCUGGACGAGGUGGACGCCCUGUGUCCCCGGAGGGGCGGACCGCACCAAGCCCCCGAGAGCCGCGUGGUGGCCCAGGUGUUGACGCUGCUAGACGGGAUCAGUGGGGACCGCGAGGUGGUGGUGGUGGGAUCCACCAACCGGCCGGACGCGCUAGACCCAGCGCUGCGCAGACCUGGGAGAUUUGACCGAGAGGUUGUCAUUGGGACUCCCACACUUAGACAAAGAAAUGCAAUUCUACAAGUGAUUACCUCAAAGAUGCCCAUCUCCAGUCAAGUCAAUUUGAGCCUCCUUGCAGAAAUGACAGUUGGCUAUGUUGGUGCAGACCUGACCGCACUCUGUAGAGAGGCUGCCAUGCACGCUCUGCUUCAUAGUGAGAAGAACCAGGACAAUCCAAUGAUUGAUGAAACAGACUUCCUUGAAGCUUUUAAAAAGAUCCAACCCUCAUCAUUCCGAAGUGUCAUUGGACUGACGGACAUCAAGCCUGUCGACUGGGAGCAGAUUGGUGGCCUUGAAGAUGUAAAACUGAAGUUAAAACAGAGCAUUGAAUGGCCUCUGAAAUUCCCCCGGCAGUUUGUUAGGAUGGGCCUGACACAACCAAAGGGGGUUCUCCUAUAUGGUCCCCCUGGCUGUGCGAAAACCACCCUGGUCAGGGCCCUGGCCACCAGCUGUCACUGCUCUUUUGUUUCAGUUAGCGGAGCUGAUCUCUUUUCAUCUUUUGUUGGAGAUUCAGAAAACAUCUUGUCUCAGGUAUUUCGACAAGCAAGAGCAAAUACUCCAGCAAUUGUGUUUUUGGAUGAAAUUGAUUCAAUCUUGGGUUCUCGAUCAGUCGGCAGAACAGGAUGUAAUGUUCAAGAGCGUGUUCUUUCUGUUCUCCUAAAUGAAUUAGAUGGGGUUGGACUGAAGACUAUAGAGAGAAGAGGAGGUAAUUCAGAUCAACAUGGUAAAUACAAGGAGCUGGAAAAAAAUGAAGAGCUAGAGUUUCAAGAAGUUUUUAAUAGCAAUGUCAUGAUUGUUGCAGCAACAAAUAGACCUAAUGUGUUAGAUGAUGCCUUGUUGCGGCCUGGAAGAUUGGAUAAGAUCAUUUAUAUUCCACCUCCAGAUGAAAAGGGCAGGCUUUCUAUUUUGAAAAUCUGUACAAAAAACAUGCCAGUGGGGCCUGAUGUUUCCUUAGAAAAGCUAGCAGCAGGAACCUGUUUUUUCUCUGGAGCUGAUCUUGGAAACCUCUGCAAAGAAGCCGCCUUGCUGGCUCUGCAAGAAAAUGGACUAGAAGCAACCACAGUGAGACAAGAGCAUUUUCUAAAAUCACUGGAGACUGUAAAACCAUCCUUAAGUCGCAAGGAUUUGACUUUAUAUAGAAACUUAUUUCAGAAACCAGAAUUUUCUACCUUAGAAGAUGUUUGAAAAUUACUUUACGUGUAAACUACCAAAGGAUCAAUUGAAAUGUGAACUUGCGCUACAGUUGACAUGUUCACGCUCCGUGUGUUUCCUAUAAAUAAAAAAACUUGCUCCUGAUAA